UUCCUUGGGCAGGUCUCCCAGGCAGCUGACAUGAGAGGACCCCCCCUGUUCCUCUGCCUCUUCUCCAUGUCCUGCUGGGUGAAUUUGAUGCCAACAGCUGGGGACAAAAUCUUCCACUUUGGAGCCUGCAGGGUUUCCAUGAGCAUGACAGAGAUCAGGGCUGGCUUCACAGCCAUUAAAGCCAAUAUUCAAUCCAGAGACCCCAUCCGGACCCUGAGCAUCCUGUCCCACCCUCACUCCCUGCACAAGGUUAAGUCUUCAGACAGAUGCUGCAUCACCUAUCAGCUCUUCACCUUCUACGUGGACAAGGUUUUCAAGCACUGCAGGACUGAGGACUCGUUUGUGAACAGGAAAAUCAGCAGCAUUGCCAACUCCUUCCUCAGCACCAGGAGGAAGCUGGGGCAGUGUCGUGAGCAGAAUAAUUGCCUGUGUGGGGAGGAAUCCACAGAGAAAUUCAAGCAAAUACUUGCAAACUAUGAAGGGCUGAAUGUCACAUCUGCAGCCAUGAAAUCCCUGGGGGAGCUGGACAUCCUCCUGGACUGGAUGGAGAAAUCUCGUUAGCGGGCGGUGUUAAUUACCCGGGGGCUGUGCUGAGGACCUGCAGGGGCUUUGCAGAGAUGAGAGGGACAAUAAAUCUCUGUAUCAGUGCAGCUCCCCAUCAGUUCCAGCUGCGCUCAGGCAAACAUGGGGGGCUUUGCCAGCCAGGGACAUCAGCAGAGUCUUCAUUAAGAUGGGAAUAACGAGUUUGAUUAAAUCAGCAUCGCCCUCGCUGCUACCAAAGGAUGCUCCCAGGGAAAACCCACAAGGGUUUCUCUUGCUGGCAGACAUAAGUUGUGAUCAUGUCAUAAAAUUCGUGUUUAAAUUACAGAUAUUUUGCCUAGGGGAUGUGGGGAAUGAGUGCUGGGGGCUGGCUGGUGCAGCUGAUGUUGAAUAAACCCGGGCUCGUUCUCAGGGCUGCUGCCGCUGAUGGAUCUGGCUGAAAUGAGAAGUACAGUGUGGGAAAUGCUUCCAAGAACAGGUCCUAGCAGGUAUGUCAGGCCUUAGAAAUCUGUGUUUCCUUUUGAGAUGAUAUUUUCUGCCUUAUCAGUAAAAAAGUUUCUGUGCAAGAUAUGUGGUUGCUGAAUAGAAAAAGGUUUUUGAGUGUAUUGAGCAAUUUACUGACACUCAGUAGUGAGUUUUGUGGAAAUUGGUGGUGAUGACCAUAAAUAAACCCAACUUGAAACUGU